AUGCAGGGCUUCCCCAGAGGAAGUGUGGGCCGAGGGCUGUCCCCUGUGGACAGGCAGACGCUCCUGGUCUGCAGCUUUAUCCUGGCAGCAGCUUUGGGCCAAAUGAAUUUCACAGGUGACCAGGUUCUUCGAGUCCUGGCUAAAAAUGAGAAGCAACUUUCACUUCUCAGGGAUCUGGAGGGCCUGAAGCCCCAGAAGGUGGACUUCUGGCGUGACCCGGCCUGGCCCAGCCUUCCUGUGGAUAUGAGGGUUCCUUUCUCUGAAAUGAAGGACAUCAAAGCUUACCUGGAGUCUCAUGGCCUUGCUUACAGCAUCAUGAUAAAGGACAUCCAGGUGCUGCUGGACGAGGAGAGAGAAGCCAUGGCGAAAUCCCGCGGGCUGGAGCGCAGCCCCAGUAGCUUCAGUGACUCCUCGUAUCACACCCUGGAGGAGAUAUAUACCUGGAUCGACAACUUUGUAACUGAGCAUUCAGAUAUUGUCUCAAAAAUUCAGAUUGGCCACAGCUUUGAAAAUCGGUCCAUUCUUGUUCUGAAGUUCAGCACUGGAGGUUCUCAGCGCCCAGCCAUCUGGAUCGACACUGGAAUCCACUCCCGGGAGUGGAUCACCCAUGCCACCAGCAUCUGGACUGCCAGGAAGAUUGUCAAUGAAUAUGGCAAAGACCGCAUUGUGACAGACAUACUGAACGCCAUGGACAUCUUUAUGGAGAUUGUCUCCAACCCUGACGGGUUUGCUUAUACCCACAGCAUGAAUCACUUGUGGCGGAAGAACAAGUCCAGCAGACCCGGAAUCUUCUGCGUUGGUGUGGAUCUUAACAGGAACUGGAAGUCAGGCUUUGGAGGAAAUGGUUCUAACAACAACCCCUGCUCAGAGACUUAUCAUGGGCCCUCCCCCAAGUCAGAGCCAGAAGUGGCUGCCAUUGUGGACUUCAUCACGUCCCACGGGAACAUCAAGGCUCUGAUCUCCAUCCACAGCUACUCUCAGAUGCUCAUGUACCCCUAUGGCCACUCUCUGGAGCCUGUUUCAAACCAGGAAGAGUUGAUGUGGCCAGUGGGAUCACUGUCGACUGGGCCUAUGACAGUGGCAUCAAGUACUCCUUCACCUUCGAGCUCCGUGACACGGGGCGCUGUGGCUUUCUGCUGCCAGCCACACAGAUUAUCCCCACAGCCCAGGAGACUUGGAUGGCCAUUCGGACCAUCAUGGAGCACACGCUUAAUCACCCCUACUGACAAUACUGCUGAGGGCAGAGCCAGAGGGUUUGUCUUCUUUCCCAAGACCUGGGCUCCUCCUGAAACCCAAGUUAUGGAUCCCUUCCCCACCCCUGCCCUGACUCCUUAG